ACCAUGGAUCUCUGGCCCGGCUUCACCUUCCCGCUGAUCCUGCUCACGGCCUUCUUGCUUUUUCUGCUGUGGAGGGGGCACCAGGCCGGGCGGAGGAGCCUGCCCCCGGGCCCAUGCCCACUGCCCCUCCUGGGCAACUUGCCGCAGUUGUGGGGACCGUCGUUGUUACGCUCUCUGCUGGAGCUCCGAGACAAGUACGGCCCAGUGUUCACCAUCUACUUGGGGGCGCAGCGGGCCGUGGUGCUGUGGGGCUACGAGGCGGUGAAGGAAGCCCUGGUGGACCAAGCGGAGGAGUUCGGUGGCCGAGAGGGGUUAGCUCUUGUGGACAGGACCAGCAAGGGCAAUGGGCUUUUCUUCAGCAACGGGGAGACGUGGCGCCAGAUGCGCCGGUUUGCCCUCAGCACCCUGAGGGAUUUCGGGAUGGGGAAGAGGAGCAUCGAGGAGCGGAUCCAGGAGGAAGUCCGGUACCUGCUGGAGGAGUUCAGGAAGACAGAAGGGAUGCCCUUGGACCCCACCUUCAUGCUGCGGCGCUCCGUCUCCAACGUCAUCUGCUCCGUGGUCUUCGGGGCGCGGUUCAGCUACGAGGAUGAGGAGUUCCAGACGCUGCUCGACCUGAUCCAGGCGAACGUCCGGCGCGUGGACACCAUCUGGGUGCAGCUCUACAACCUCUUCCCCGCCAUCAUGAACCACCUGCCCGGCCCUCACAACCGGCUCUUCGAGAACUUCGAGGAGCAGAAGCGCUACGUGGCCAGGGUCGUCCGGAAGCACAAAGAGACCCUGGACCCGUCCUCCCCGCGGGACUACACAGACGCCUUCCUGAUCCGGAUGCAGCAGGAGGAAAACGAUCCGGACACCAAAUUCCACCACGAAAAUUUGAUCCUCUCGUCACUGGAUUUAUUUUUCGCAGGCACGGAAACCACCAGCACCACGCUGAGAUAUGGGCUGCUGAUUCUGCUGAAGUAUCCUCACGUCACAGAAAGAAUUCAGGAGGAGAUUGAGCGAGUCAUCGGCCAGGACCGCACCCUGGGCAUGGAGGACAGGUCCAAGAUGCCCUACACCGACGCUGUGAUCCAUGAGAUUCAGAGGUUCGCGGACAUCAUUCCUCUGGGCGUUCCCCACUCGGUGACACGGGACACCCGGUUCAGGGGAUACGCCAUCCCUAAGGGCACGGCCAUCUUUCCCGUCUUGCAUUCCGUCCUGCACGACCCCGCGCAAUUCGAAGACCCGGAGACCUUCGACCCCGGGCAUUUCCUGGACGAGGCGGGUGGAUUUCAGAAGAACGCGGCAUUCAUGGCCUUCUCCGCAGGGAAGCGGGCGUGUCCCGGCGAGGGCCUGGCCCGCAUGGAGCUCUUCCUCUACUUCACCUCCAUCCUGCAGCGCUUCGCCCUCCGCUCGCCUGCCCACCCGCAGGACCUCGACAUCACCCCCGAGUACCACGGCUUCGGCAAGGUGCCGCGCGGGUAUCAGCUGCAGCUCGUCCCCCGCUGAACGCCAGCAGCCAUGCCACGGCGGUCAGGCCCAGUUCCCCGUCGGCCUGCACCUCGCACAGCGCGUUACACGGGUGCAAAACACUAUCGGGGCCAGGCAGAAGCAUUGUGCACAUGAGAAAA